AUGACUACCUCCUUCCGCCAACUUCUCGGUGUCCCACCAUCGACUGCAUCUCCCUUUGACUCUGGUCUACUCAUCAUCGAUGCUCAAAACGAGUACGUCGCGGGAGCGCUUACUGUGACCAAUGCCGAAACGAGUGGUAAGGUCAUUGCUUCCCUGCUUGAGAAAUAUCGUAAGGCCAACAACAAAAUCAUACACAUCUUACAUAAAACACCUGAAGGUGCGCCCAUAUUCACGCCCGGCACAACGUUGGCUGAGGAGUUCUCUGAUCUCACGGCAAGAGAUGGGGAGGAGGUGAUUUGGAAAUUGCAUCCGGAUUCCUUCGCCGACACAAACCUCGACGAUAUCUUGAAGGGUUGGGGGAUCAAGAAACUUGUGAUCACUGGAUACAUGGCUCAUGUCUGCGUCAGUACGACAGUCAGGCAGGCGAGCCAAAGGGGAUAUGAUGUGCUGGUGGUGGAAGACGGAGUUGGAGACCGAGAUAUUCCGGGUGUGGGAGGAGAAGAAGUGACUAGGGUUGUGUUGGCGGAAUUGGCGGAUGUCUUUGCUACAGUAGUUAAGAGUGAGGACAUCAAGUAG